AUGGCCCCUCUCCCCGUUGCUGGGAGACCGGUGGCUAUCAAGUCAAUCCGGAAAGACAAAAUCAAAGAUGAGCAGGACCUCGUCCAUAUCCGGAGAGAGAUUGAGAUCAUGUCCUCCCUCAACCACCCCCACAUCAUUGCUGUCCACGAAGUGUUUGAGAACAGCAGCAAGAUCGUCAUCGUGAUGGAGUACGCCAGCAAGGGGGACCUGUACGACUACAUCAGCGAGCGGCAGCGGCUGACGGAGCAGGAGGCACGCCACUUCUUCCGGCAGGUCGUGUCGGCUGUCAGGUGGAACGGGAUCGUUCACAGGGACCUGAAGCUGGAGAACAUCCUUCUUGAUGCAAAUGGGAACAUCAAGAUUGCAGACUUUGGCCUGUCCAAUGUUUACCAGCAGGACAAACUUCUGCAGACUUACUGUGGCAGCCCUCUCUACGCAUCCCCUGAAAUCAUCAAUGGGAGGCCGUACAAGGGCCCGGAGGUGGACAGCUGGUCCCUGGGCGUUCUCCUCUACAUCCUGGUCCACGGCACGAUGCCGUUCGAUGGCCACGACUACAAGACUCUGGUCAAGCAGAUCACGAGCGGGGACUACCGGGAGCCCACGAAGCUGUCAGAUGCCUGCGGGCUGAUCCGGUGGAUGCUGAUGGUGAAUCCGGAGCGCCGUGCCACCAUCGAGGACAUUGCCACGCACUGGUGGGUGAACUGGGGCUACAAAGUGCCUGUUGGGGAGCAAGAGCUGCUGCGGGAGAGCGAGUCCCCCCUGGCCACGGUGGCAGAGUGGCUUCGCCGCUCCUCCCGGCCCCUCCUGGAGAAUGGUUCCAAGGUGCGAUGCUUCUUGAAGCAGCACAUCCCUGGCGUGGCCCUGGAGCGGCAGCGCUCCCUCAAGAAGUCCAAGAAGGAGAACGAUGUCUCCCACGUGCUGCAGGAGGUGGCCCUGACCCCGGAGAACCCCUCCAAGUCCAUCCUCAAGCGGCCCAAGGGCAUCCUGAAGAAGAGAAACUCCUGUGAGCAGAAGGUGCCCGGCCCGGGCCCCCCGCCGACGGUGCCCAUGGGAGAGGCGAGGGGCGUUGGAGCGGUGCCCACGGCCAUGCCCAAGAAGGGAAUACUUAAAAAGCCCUCGACGAGGGAGUCGGGGUAUUACUCAUCCCUGGAGUGCUGUGAGUCUGGGGAUAUCCUGGACGCGGGGAGCUUGGACCUCGAUGGGAGCGUGUUUGCUGACAACCCCUCCCCGGAGCAGGGCCCCCAGGGUCUCCCCAUGCGCCGGAAAGGCAUCCUCAAGCACAACGGCAAGUACUCCUCUAGCAGCACCGAGCCAGAGAGUCCCCCUGGGCAGGGCUUCGGGGCCUUUGGUGAGGUGCCCCUGCCCCAGGCGCCCCGCGCCCGCCCGUCCAACGCCGUGAGUGAGGACAGCAUCCUCUCCACGGAGUCCUUCGACCAGCUCGACCUGCCCAUCCGUGUCCCCCACCGCGGUGGGGGCAUGCGGGGCUGUGUCUCUGCUGACAGCCUCCUCCGGCUGGAAGAGGAGGAGGAGGUGGAGGAAGGGCGCAGGCUGCGCCGCUGGACUGUGACCCAUUGCCGGAGUCCCCUGGGAGAGAGCAGCUUGUCCCUGGCAGGCUGUGACAAUGUCACCGAGGUCUACCGGCGCGCCAUGGCCAUCGGCAUGAAGCUGAGCUGA